AUGACCAGGAUUGAAGACUUUUUGGGAGCUCCAAGGGCUCAAGUGCAUCAAAAUCCCACGCCUCCUCCUCGACCAGAAACACCGAUUCGACAAGAGGAGAUGACAGACGAUACUAUCGAACAAGAAUAUCAGGAAUUCGAACACAUCCCAAGGGUGGCACGAAGUCCCCCCAUGGUACUCGUUAACCGUAACCAGGAUCCAGACCAGGAGGUUCAACAAGUUCGACACGAUGCAGCCAUGUGGGAACAAAACCUAGAGGCUAUAGUCGAACGGAUCAUAGUGCGAAAUAGAGUAAGUCCUUGCCUCCAGCGUCCGACGUACUCCUCGCCUCUACCAGAUUUUGUCUUACAGACAAAAUUGCCAAGGGGAUGGAAAGUCCCUAAAUUUACUACGUUCGCGGGGGAUACUAAAGAAUCCACCGUUGAACACAUGGCCAGGUACCAGACCGAAGCUGGUGACAUAGCGAACAAUGAGGACUUGAAGUUAAAAUACUUCCCAAGUUCCCUUACAAAAAAUGCGUUUACAUGGUCCACAAUGCUACCUCCACAGUCGAUUCAAACAUGGACACAAUUGGAGAGGUUAUUCCAUGAACAAUUCUACAUGGGACAAUCAAAGGUCAGCCUUAAGGAACUAGCUAGAAUUAAGCGAAAGGUUGAUGAGUCAGUUGAUCAGUACCUGAACAAGUUUAGACUACUGAAGGCGCGAUGCUUUACUCAAGUCCCUGAACACGAACUAGUCGAGAUGGUUGUUGGGGGUCUAGAUUAUUCUAUAAGGAAGAAGAUGGAUACUCAGUAUCUUAGGGAUAUGGCCCAAUUGGCCGAUAGGGUUCGACGUAUCGAACGCUUGAAAGCCGAGAAGUCUAAGGUGGGCCGAUAUCAUAAGAAAGAGAAGGUGUCCUACAUCGCGGUCGAAGGAGGCUCUUCCGACGACGAAGAUAUAAUCGACAAGAGUGAGGUUAACAUGGAGGAACUUAAGCCCGAACCUUCAUAUGCGUGCAAGGUUUUGAAGCCAUCAAAUGGGAAAAACCCUUUAGGAGCAGAGAGAACAGACAAAUACGUCGCUAAGACAUAUACAUUCGACGUGUCUAAGUGCGACGAGAUCUUUGAUCUAUUGGUAAAAGAUGGUCAGAUUAUCGUCCCUCAGGGUUUAAAAGACCCUCCCUUAGAACAAAAGAAGAAAAUGGGAUUUUGUAAAUUUCAUAAUUUCCUUGGUCACAAGACUCACCAAUGUGUUCUUUUUAGGGAUUUGGUGCUGAAAGCUUUGAAAGAAGAAAGGUUCCAAUUUGGCGAAAGGCCAAAAAUGCAGGUGGAUUAUGACCCUUUGAAGGUGGAAGAAGCUUUAUAUGCAGAGCCUCCAGAGUGCAUGAUGGUAGAUACUAAUAAUGGUCUCAUUGAGGUUCUUAACACAACCUCGUUAGCUGAAUCAUUUGAAGUGAUGAUGGUCGAAACUACUGAAGGUUUUGGAAACAAAGACCAAAGGAGGCCCGAGUCGGCCUAUCCCUAG